GAUUUCGCGCGAAGUUUCAUUCUGAUACUUCUGAACCCUACAAACAAUACGUAACAAGCAGCUCAAGAUGUCUGGACGAGGAAAAGGCGGAAAGACAAAAUCCAAGGCCAAGAGCCGAUCCAGCCGAGCGGGACUUCAAUUCCCUGUUGGUAGAAUCCACAGGCUUCUCCGAAAAGGAAACUACGCCGAGCGAGUUGGAGCAGGUGCUCCCGUCUAUCUCGCUGCCGUUCUCGAAUAUUUGGCGGCCGAAGUCCUUGAAUUAGCAGGAAACGCAGCCCGAGACAACAAGAAGUCUAGGAUCAUUCCCCGCCACCUUCAGCUGGCCAUCAGGAAUGACGAGGAGCUGAACAAACUGCUGUCCGGAGUGACGAUCGCCCAGGGUGGUGUACUGCCCAACAUUCAGGCUGUACUCUUGCCCAAGAAGACCGGAGCUACCAAGGGAAAAUCUUCACAAUCCCAGGAGUUCUAAAUGGACUGAACUCCCCAUAACAAUCAACGGCCCUUUUCAGGGCCAACCAAUCUACACGAAAAGUUCUCGAGACCACUCGAAAUGCGCAUACUUUGUCCUUUGCUGUAUUGUACAUCGGGUAAACGAAAGCUGUGUUUGGUAAUGGACUUGCCGAUUGAAAAGUGUAUAUGACGAACUUUUAAAAUGAACGCCUAUAUCACUUCUGCACUAAAUUGUGGCGACCCCCUAGUUUUAAACGUUUCAUCACCGAAAUAGAAAGUGGGUCAAGUGUCCUAUAUAAUGACCUGUAUAGCGUUUCUAUGUAGUUAUCAUUUCUGAUCCAAUUAACUGACAUUACUAGAUUAGGUGUUUUAAUGAACCAUUUUUUUUAACACAUACAUUUGCAAAUUAGCAUAUUGAGAAGAUGUUGAUACUGUUUAAUGGUUCUAGUGUUCAAACCUAAAAUGCACAUAUUUUGCUAUUGUUUUUAAUGAAAGCUCAUUUCUGGCUAGAAAUCUGAAGGUAUGUUGAUCUAUCAAGAAUGAUGAAUCAUGGUUUCUAUUGUUUAGAUUGCUGGUCUUUAUUUCAUGUGGGUUGGAAACUAAAAUGCGUCUCGGCCAGUACUUUCUGAUAGUAUAAUGAAUAAAUCUGGCAAGAUGGUUUAUAAAGUUUGUGUAAACAGCUAACUGCAAUUAAUUGAAUUGAAUUGAACAGAUGACUGAUUGAUACGGAAUUGUAAACCCAUGAAAGUAUAAAUUUAAUAUUUGUAAUCAAACAUCCAGGUUACUAGUUUUGAAAAAUAAAGCAACUCUAUAGGAAAUCAGCCAUUAUGUACCAGUCGACAUGUUCAAAGACAUUUGGUAGGGUUGGAAAGGUACAGAAUCGACUGGAUUUGGGCACAAUAAUAUGAUGUGUAUAUACUAGAUAACAGUAACGGUACAUAUCAUAUACAAGUGUUCAGCACCUGUGGACUUGGCUAGGUAUUACUUUACAAAUGGUACAUUUAGAUAAGCUAGAUCAAAACAUAAAUGUUGCAGUUUUUCAUUUAAAAGCUUUUUUUACGGUCAUCCAGAUAUUAUUUUUGUGAUGUUUGAAAAUGAACUGUGGUUUGUAACCACCCGUAUGUGUCUCGUAUAAGGUAUUGAUAAUAAUACUCGAGUAUUAAGAAAUAAACAUAGUAGAUAUGUUGAAUAUGAUUAGUAGAAGUAAUCACAUGUCCAUUCCACAUUAUCUUAUGUUGUGUAAACAAAUAAAAUUUGUGAUACAAUGUGAAA